AUGAACACAUCUGAUUUGCUGCAGUUAGCGAGCAGCACUCAGAUUCUGACGUCAAAUACAGAGAUUCUAACAGCUGAUAAUGUUACCAAGGCGAUUGACAUCACCAACAACCUCCUUGAAAGGUCUUCAAAUAUCUCGGAGGCAGUUGCCGUGGCAGCAUUGACCACUGUUAGUCAGCUGCUGGAGGCUUCUGUACCGGACAGUGUGGCAGAGACGUCUUUAAACCUAGCUAGAAGUUUAGAGAAUAUCUUACAGGGGUCAGACGAGACAUCUCUAGUGGCCCAGCCCAACCUCGCUGUCCAGUCUGUCGUACUAACCAGUAACAACACAGUCGGCGUCCAGUUCUCUGCACUAACAGGAUUAUCUGGUAGUUUUGCUGCUGAUAGAAUUAGACUGAAUACCAAUGCGUCUGAACUUGUGUCUGACGAUCGAGAGCCCACUGAUGUCCAGAUAUUCAUUAGAUUAUCACCAGGAGUGCAGCGUCGAAGUUCUGGCAUCUCUGUUGGAUUUGUGCUCUACCAGAACGACAGAUUCUUCAGGUCAAGGGAUUUCAGAGCCCACUUGGACAGUCGUAGCAGGGUCAUCUCUGGAAAUGUGAAAGGAGCUGGAAGGAUGGGAGCCAACCAUGUGGAAAUGGUCUUCAGACCAGUCAAUGUCCCCAACACAACCCUCUAUGACUUUGCAUGCGUGUCCUGGAACUACACCAAAAGUGAAUGGAGCACAGAAGGGUGCUACAAAUUCAACGUUUCCCCUGAGGCCCUGCAUUGUUUUUGCAAUCAUACCACCGACUUUGCUGCUCUAAUGGCAAGUGUCCUCUCUCAACUCUGUCUUUACUGCCCUCAGCUGGGAACUUCGGUUUACCACAUGCUUGGGGUGUAA